AAACAUACUGCACAGCUCACCAAUGGAAAAACUGCUUCAGAUUUUUUUCAAGUCGCUCAGUCUUCUUGGUUUUGUUUUGUUUUCUUUUGACAGGAGCACGCAGCACAACUGCAGCCGGGGGGAACAAAGGGUGAGAGCACUGUAUAACAGGAGAGAACAAGAUGUGGGGUGACGGGCACAAAGCGCGCUACUGGCUCACCUUGCUAACAGGCCUGGUGGAGUGUCUGGGCUUUGCAGGGGCUGUGUUUGGCUGGGCUUCCCUCGUCUUUGUGCUGAAGAGUGAGGGCUACUUCGGCUACUUGUGCACAAAUGUCACGGUCAGCAGCAAUGUCACCGAGGAUUGCAGUGCACAGGAUGAACAGCUCUCUGUCAUUUUCACCGUUGCCUCCUUCAUGAACAACUUUUUCACACUGCCAAGCGGCUUUCUGUUUGAUCAUUUCGGCACCAUGGUAACCAGGCUUCUGGGAAUAUCUGUCUACACCACUGGAACCUUGUUGAUAGCCUUUUCCAAUGCUGCAAAGCCAGUCCUUCUCUAUCCUGCUCUGUCUUUCAUUGCUGUUGGAGGAAUUAUUUUCUUAGUUACUAAUAUUCAGGUGGGGAAUCUCUUUGGAACCCAUCGCUCCACUAUCAUCACUCUGUAUAAUGGAGCCUUUGACUCAUCUUCUGCAGUCUUCCUUGUUGUCAAGCUGCUGUAUCAGGGUGGAGUGUCUCUGCGCACCUCCCUCCUCUUCCUAUCCUGUGGCAGUGUGGUCCACUUGACCCGCACCAUCCUGCUGUUGCCUCGUUCACACAUCCCAUACCCUCUUCCUGAGAACUACACUUAUGGGAUGAAAUGUGCUGUGCCUCAGUCUUCAAGCACCGCCGAAAACAAAGUUGACAAAGGCAACCUCCAGACUUCCCAGGUCUCUGAGACAACGCCGUUUCAAGAAGAGAAUUCCACCAAGGUCACCCAGGAAGAGACAGCAGAGCGAAGCUUCAAAAGCUGCAUUCUCUCCUGGUUCUUCUUAUGGCAUAUGCUGUGGUUGUCAGUCAUGCAGUUGAGGCACUACUUGUUUAUUGGAACUCUCAAUCCUAUGCUCCAGCAUCUUACAGCCAGAGACUCCAGCCUUGUGAGCACUUAUACAAACGCGUUCGCUCUCACCCAGCUGUGUGGGAUAGUGUGUGCUCCCUGGAAUGGACUCAUCAUGGACCGCCACAAAGGAAAACCCAGAGAAGCAGGCCAGAGCGAGAGCGAGGCAGACCUGAGGGCGGCUGUCCUGUCACUGGGCGUGACCGUGCUCCAGUGUGUGCUCUUCUCCCUGUGCGCUACCAUUCCUCUCCUGCCACUGCAGUACCUCACCUUUGCCUUGCAGGUGCUCAACAGGUCCUUCCUGUAUGGAGGCAAUGCUGCCUUCAUCAGUGUGGCAUUCCCUCCUGCCCACUUUGGGAAGCUGUAUGGAGCUGUGAUGGCUCUCUCUGCUGUGGUGUCACUCCUGCAGUAUCCCUGCUUCACUCUCAUUAAUGGGCCUCUUGGUGGAGACCCCUUUGCUGUGAACGUCACUCUGACCCUCCUAACUUGCCUAGCCUUCAUCCACCCUCUCUAUGUUUACCUGCACUGCCGACGGCAAGCAGCCCAGCGAAGCAGGGUCAACAGGAGCACCACCUCCUAGGGCCAGGCCCCAGAGCUACACAUGACACAGCCACACCCGCUUCUGUUUACGGUCACCACUGGACUGUAAAUGCCAUUUAAAAUGAAAGUACUUAUUAUACCUGUCUUGCCAUAGUGACAAAUGUUGUCAUUAUUGCAAAUCAGAAGAGACUGAUGUCUUUGUUUUUCUUUACAGUGUAUUUUUACAUCUUAUUAGAGGCCACAGAGCCCCUGGAGAUUCAUACAGACAGAAACACAUACACACAUUACCUCUCAAACAUUGAUGUUUUCUGAACACCACUUAAGCCUAGGUCAGGAACUCCAUUAUCGGUUAUACUCGUUCCACAAGUAGUGUUGCUCUACUAGUUUUUUUUUUUUUUUAUCCCUAGUUUUUACCUGGAAAAGAUCUGAUAGAUUGAGGGAAAUAUUAAUGCUGAGGUGUUUAAUACUACUAUUAAUGCAGGAAGAGAUGGGAUUUAGCUGGGGAACAUUGUUCAUUUAUUUCAUUAAGUAGAUUGUUAAUUUUUUGACCAGUUAACAAAAUACAAAUAACUUUGCUAGAAAAUCUGACAGAAAAUUUGCCAGUUUCAUUUGAGAUAUUUACAAAUGUAAUUUAUCUACACAUUUUCGAUGACAGAUGCCCUUAAUACAUCCAGUUUGGGCAGGAUACAUUGUAUGUGGGCUGACCAUUUCAACUCUGGGUGCAAAUGCCCUAAAAACGGUUUUAAUAUCACAGUUGAUAAGUGAGGAGUGACUGAUAGUAAGCUUGAGUGUUUUUUUUAGGUUUUACACUGAGAUGCAUUGAUAUGUGGCAGUAUUAAAGACUUUUGCUUGA